CUGCAUUGCUUCCAUGAUCACCAUUCGACUUCUCUCCACAUGGUCUGCGCCAGUGUCGUUUGUCAGUGGAUUGCUCGCCCGUCACGCGCUGCUCCGCCUGCACGCGAUAUUUGCUUUGGCUGCACGGCUCUUUUGCCAUGUUGAUCCAAGGGCCAGAACACUAUUGAUCGAUCAGAUCUGCACAUGAGUCAACGACCUUGUAGGAUGAUGAAUGACAAGGGUGGGUGACACGGCCUCUCGCGCAAAGUUACGGAAUGUCGCACGGUAUCGGUUCUAUAACCGCGAUGGAACCCGCA